AUGAGUGGGGUGGAGGAAAGUGCUAUUAAGGAGUUUUGGGGUGGUGAAAAUGUUGAGUGGUCUACGUUGGAUGCAGUGGGAGCGUCAGAAGGCACCGCUAUUUUGUGGAGGAAAGACUUUCUCAAUUUGAGGUUCAGUUUUAGAGGAGAGGGUUUCUUGGGUUUGUGUGUAGAGAAGGAGGGGAGCUUGAUCUAUUUUGUGAAUGUGUACGCGGCGUGUGAGUUAAAUUCUAGAAGAAGUUUGUGGAAGUCGUUAAUUGAUUUCAAACUUAAAAAUGUUCCGGGUUCGUGGUGUGUGGGUGGGGAUUUCAAUAAUAUCUCCAACAAAGAGGAAAGAAUUGACAUGUCUAAUAGGAGCUACAAAAAAGAAAUCUAUAGUUUCAAGGCUUUUAUAGAGGAGAUGGAGCUUGUGGACCCACCGACAAUGGGAGGAAAAUUUACGUGGUUUAAAAAUAAUGGGAAAUCUAUGAGUAGGAUUGAUAGGUUCUGGCUUUCGGAUUGUUUCAUGGAAAAGUGGAAAAUAAUGGGUCAAUAUAUUGGAGGGAGAGAUUUAUCCGAUCAUGCUCCGAUUUGGUUGAAUGAAAAUAGGAAGGAUUGGGGGCCGAAAGCUUUUAAGUUCAAUAAUUCUUGGUUGAAGCAUAAGGAGUUCAAUGAUUUUAUGGAGAAAGAAUGGGGGAAGAUUAUUGUUAAUGGGAGGGGCGAUUUUGUGUUGUCUGUAAAGUUAAAGGCUUUUAAAAGGAGAUUAGUGUGGUGGAAUAAAGAGGUGUACGGAUGA